CCAGUACCUUUUUCCAACUAACCUAGGCGGAUAAUCUGAUUACUUGUCCCCACUGGUCAUCGAUCCUAACUGCGGACCUGAUAUUUAUCGAGUUGUGACAUGCAGUUUAAUUGGACAUCAUUUGGGAAGCUGUGACCACGUAAUGAAAUCCUUAGUCAGCGAGUUGGACACAUGAUUCGGUGAUAUGAAGCCAGACCACAGGACCGAGCUUAUAGGGAACUAACCGAAUUAUCCCAGUCACGCAUACUCGUUUAGCUUGUUCCUUGUUGAGUUGCUUUGCUUGGUAGAAAUUUGUCAAAUUUCAUGUUUACACAUUCAUCACCUUGUGUUACAGCUGGCCUAUUGCAUCGUACAGUUCUUGGAUAAGGAUUCCACACUCACCGAGCAAGUGGUAAAGGGACUGUUGAAGUUCUGGCCCAAAACGUACUCACAGAAAGAGGUAAUGUUCUUGGGAGAAAUCGAAGAAAUUUUGGAAGUCAUCGAACCUGCCCAGUUUCAACUGAUUAUGGUCCCCUUGUUCCGUCAAAUCGCCAAAUCGGUUUCUAGUUCUCAUUUCCAGGUUGCCGAACGUGCACUGACCUAUUGGAACAAUGACAAUAUUGUGUCACUAAUUGAAGAAAAUCACGAAGUCCUCAUUCCAAUUCUAUUCCCUUCAUUCUACCGAAUCUCGCGAGAGCAUUGGAAUCAAACUAUUGUCGCGCUAGUCGGCAACGUGUUGAAGAACUUUAUGGAAAUGAACAGUGCCCUGUUCAAUCAGUUGGUGGAAAACUACAAAGCCGAGCGCCAAAGGGAACGAAAACGCGAAAAGGAACGAGAAGAACUAUGGAAGAAGUUGGAACAGUUACGUGUUUCUGGUUCGGGUGACGCAUUAGGAGCAGCGCAAUAACAGUAGGAUGUAUGCAAAGUAUUACUCACGAUCCACUGACCUCGCUCAUUUGGAAGCUUCAUCCGUUCAGUUUCACCUAACAUUGAAGAGCACCAUCGCUCGGCACCCAAGUCACUUCAGUCGUCUCCCCCGCCGUUACCCAAUCUCGGCCGAGUCGCUGUCAGAUCCGGUCGUCCGUAUCUCGCUGCUGUCUGAAUUCUCACUUGGACUACAGUUUUGCUAUCAAUACUGACUGGCUCAUCAUUGUAGUUUUCAUUUGAUCGGAGACCCCAACACAACAACCUUCCAUCUCGAAUCUCUUGCUUUAUGCUGAUACUCUCCCGGUCGUUUUUACAUCGCUGCGCCCAGCAAGCGUCACCAAUAACUUGCAUCGGCAUGCAUACAUUCGCGCAUGUUUCCAUUGAGUAACCGCACUCAAUCACCUAUUCUUGUCCGACUUAAGUUGUAUAGUAACUCUCAGUCAAUAUUGUGGCCGUUUGGUGUUAGCUUUUAUAUGCGAGCGACCCCCGCGCGUUGUUCGCGCGCCUUGUUUUGCUCCUUAUCAUCUUUGCUUCUUUUCUGUGAUCGGGGCUACAUGCCAGAUGAUCAAGGGUUCACCCCGCACACAUGUUUAUACCUGUGAGAUCGGGAGCUGCGUUCGUAACAUACCUGUUGUGCUGUUGCCCAUCUUCAGAGAACUCUUAAAGUUUCUUCAUCCCUUUGUAUAUUUCUUUGGCUCGCUUCGAAAGGUAUCAUCUUCGUGAAGACAACAAGACGCACCGGAACAUUCAUUUCAGCUAUGGCCGAUAACUGUAUCACUUUGCCAACCGAACCCUUGGCUGCGCAGCCUUUUGGGCUCCUACCCAUCAGCCUUGCGGGGUUGAGGGUAGUUUCUUCAUUGUUCUCACUCCGAUCAAACCCACGCCUUCUACCGCUUUUUGCUUUCCGUCAUUUCUCUUUCUUCCGUUUCUCGUUCAAUCAUGCCCAUAAACUACACACACGAAGUCGUACACUGUCCAUCCCCUUCAUGCACAUGAAAUAAGCGAUGAAACAUUCAGCUU